AUGGCUAAGAUUGUAGUACAAGAAGGAAAUAAAGAGCAGGAUCAACUAUCAGAUCAAGAAGAAACAGUUGAAAUGAAUAAUACUGUCUUGGAUGAGAAUGACCCUACUUACAUAUGUGACACUUCAAGUUCUAGCUUAAAAUCAGAUGACUCCUACCAUACGCUAUGUGGAGAAGAAAAUGAUACAGGCGCAGAUGAAGUACCCAUAGUAAGCAGUAAGCGUGUCAGAAAACCAGUUGAAAGGUAUGGUGUUACAAAACUCUGUGUUGUAGACGAGUUGGGCAUUUGCGAUGAAGAAAUCACUAAUGAGGAGGCGAUGAACGGUGCCGAAAGUGAGAUGUGGAGACAGGCUAUGAAAGAAAAGUUAAAAGCUUUUGAAGAAAACCAAGCCUGGGAAAUG